UGGGCUGAAAGGUAGCCUAUAAUGAAUCAAGUGUGCACAGAGUAAGACGGAUGACCUAUUGAAAUAAUUUCAGAGCAGUACUGUAGUUGCUACGACAACCAGUGCUCUCUUGGCUUUCAUGUGGCCAUGUGACAGCAAUCUUGACGUCACUGGGGGCAGAACUAGUGGUGCAAGCCGCACAGCCCAAAGGCUUGCGCAUCUGCUGUAUGGUGGAGGACCCACUGUCUCUGUGCUCUGACUGUUGCAGCUUCUCACAGUUUUCUGGAGGAUGGACUGUUAAAGAUCUUCCUGCUGGAAUCUGCGCCGGGCGGUGCACUCAGUGAUGCGCAUAUGUGGUGGGCUCUGGAGUGUCUCAGCUCAACAGAACAGUGUCUCUACGCGGUUGCUCUGGUCACUGAGCUGUCAGAGUUUCUUUGAAAUUGGGGAGAAGUCACCAAGUUGGCUUAUCUUGCUCACAUGUCCGGGAUCUGCAAUGGUCAAUAAUUUGUGAUUAAAGGAGAACCUGUCUUUGUGUAGAAAAUAAGCUGAAAACGUUAUAUCACAAUGGGGAAACAGAACAGCAAGCUUCGUCCUGAGGUCAUGCAGGACUUACUGGAAAGCACAGACUUUACAGAACAUGAGAUUCAGGAAUGGUACAAAGGCUUCUUAAGAGACUGCCCAAGUGGACACUUGACAAUGGAGGAGUUUAAGAAAAUAUAUGGGAACUUUUUCCCUUAUGGGGACGCUUCCAAGUUUGCAGAACAUGUAUUCCGCACAUUUGAUGCCAAUGGCGAUGGAACAAUAGAUUUUAGAGAAUUUAUUAUAGCUUUAAGUGUAACGUCUAGGGGAAAACUUGAGCAAAAGCUGAAAUGGGCGUUCAGUAUGUAUGAUCUGGAUGGUAAUGGAUACAUCAGUAAAUCGGAAAUGCUGGAAAUAGUACAGGCAAUCUACAAGAUGGUGUCUUCAGUAAUGAAAAUGCCUGAGGAUGAAUCAACACCAGAGAAAAGAACAGAGAAAAUCUUCCGGCAAAUGGAUACCAACCGAGAUGGAAAGUUAUCAUUGGAAGAAUUUAUCAGAGGGGCAAAGAGCGAUCCAUCCAUUGUCCGUCUUCUUCAGUGUGAUCCAAGCAGUGCCGGACAAUUCUGAAACCUUCAUUUGGAAAAAAAAAUCUAUUUCUGCUGUUUUUGUUUUUAUUUUGCCAAAUUUAAUUUGUAGUAAAGUAGUAACUUCACAGCCAACCAAACCUUUGUUUGUGGUUUAAAUUAUUUUGGAAUGCUGUCAACCUUUUGAGCUGGACAUUGGCUGUAAUAUUACAUCAUGGCUUCAUUAGUUGUUUUUUUUUAUUGGAUCUUGGUAAAACUUUGAACAAUUUUAUUCUAGACUGCAGGUCAUUGGAGUACUAUUGGGGUUGAAGCAGCAGUUCACAUUUCCAGGAGAGAAUCUCAGCACUGUGAAAAAUGGCAUUUUCCGUUGCUGCUCGUAGAAUUUAAAAAAAAUAUCCUGAAGCAAAAGUACUGGGGAAGAAUCUUGCACACCACUGCCACUUAAAAAGAAAUCCUGGAGGAAUAAAUAUGAUUCCGACUUCA